AUGUCAGACAAAGCGAAGGACCGCAUCAAUGCCAUCGGCAACCAGCUCCUCCCUAUCAAAAAGGUAGCUCCCGGGUCAAGCAAGCUUCGCGUCGAGGGCAAAGUCGUCAUCAUAACAGGUACAAACUCACCGCUGGGAAUCGGCCGUGCGACAGCGCAUCAGUACGCAGAAAGCGGCGCGCGAGCAUUGUAUCUCUGUGACUUUGACGAUACCCACUUGGAAACUCACAAGAAGGAGAUCAACGCUGCGUUUCCAAAGGUGGAAAUCCACACGAGACGCUUCGAUGCUGCGGAUGAGGCCAAGGUGAAGGAAGUCGUAGACGAUGCCAUCGAGCGCUACGGUCGCUUGGAUGUCUUCUUUGCCAAUGCCGGUGUUGUUGGGCGAACCACCUUGUUCUCCGACUUCAGCAAAGAUGAGUUUAUGGCGAUACUAAACACCAACACGUCAAGUGUCUUCUUGGCGGCAAAGUACGCCGCCCCAGCCAUGAUGCAAACGUCAACCGACAAGCCCGAAUCCUGCGGCAGUAUCAUCGGCACCGCCUCCGUAGCAGGCAUACGCUCCAACGCUGGCUCCACCCCGUACUCGGCCUCCAAAGCCGCCGUUGUCUCUCUCGCCCAGACGAUAUCGUACCAGCUGGCCGGAACUGGUGUUCGCAUCAACGCCAUCUGCCCCGGCCUGAUUGAGACGGGCAUGACAGCACCUGUCUACGAAGCUGCGCGAGCCCGGGGAAGUGAGAAGAAGAUCGGCCAGCUGAAUCCCACCAAGAGAGGCGGCACGGCUGAUGAGAUUGCCCGUGUUGCGCUGUUCCUGGGAAGCGAUGAGAGUAGCUAUGUCAACGGACAGGCAUGGGCUGUUGAUGGAGGGUUGAGCGCAGGGCAUCCCUUUGUGCCUGGAAAGCUGGGUUAA